GGGGGUGAUUUGAUCCUUUGUUAAUUAUUUCCUCGUUGCCUUUCCCGCUCUGCCCUAAACUAAACCACUCGCAACCAAAACCUCUGCUGUCUGCACCAGCAGCCGCCGCUGCCACCACCGGAAAAAUGUCAGCAAAAUGGAGGGCAAUACAGCACCGUCACCGUUACACAUACAGCGCAAUAAUAUUCCCAUCAUCAUACACAGACUCACUAUCACAGUCCCUUUUACCGUUAAACUCAAAAUCUUUACCAUUUUUCAAAGAACUCAAUCAUUUGAUUUCUCUGAAUUCAAUCUACACUCAGAUAUCCCAUGCCAAAAACCUCUCCUCUUCUCUCACAAACUUGCUCUCAUCAUUAGCUGACGACGACGACGACGACGUGUCAGUUUUAAAAUCCGCGUCUCGGUUUUACUUACAGCUUCUAUUUUUCGAAAACUCAUUGCCUUUGCAUAGAGCUUUAGUUUCUGCUUUAUCUAAAGUUGGUAAUCAAAUUUAUCAAAAACUGAUCUGUGGGUGUUUUAGGGAGGUUUUUGAGGAGUAUAGUGGUGAAGGGUAUGAUAAAAAGAAGCGGUUUUGUUUGUCUAGAGUGGCUUUAUCUGUACUGGGUAUGCCCAAGUUAGGAUAUUUAGUUGAUGUUAUUGAAGAUUGUGCUGUUUUGGUUUCUGGGGAUGUUGUUUUCGGGUUGGAGAGUGUUGUUUCGGAGGUUGAGGCUUUUGCUAGGCCUUCUCCUAUUGUUAUGGAGCAGUGUCAGGAGGCUUUGUCGUGUUCGUAUUACUUGUUUCAGCGGUUUUCGGGUAAGUUUAAGAUGGGUUCGGACGGUUUUGGUGGUGGUAGUUUGAGUGUUAUGGAGAGUGUUUUGUUGGUUUUGAUUAAAGUGUUGAAGUCAGUGGCUUUCUCUAGAGAUUGUUUGGUGGCGGCCGGUGUAAGCUUUUUUGCUGCUUUGCAAGUUUGUGUUAGUGAUCAGGAGCUUGGCUUGUUUGUUAUCGAAGGUAUUUUUAAUCAAAUUACUUGUCAUUUUGAUUCUAGUAGUUGUUGUGAUGAUGGUAGUGAGCUUAGGGAUGCACUUUUGAAGGUUCCGUUUAAAGGGGACUUGAUUGCGGAAAUACAUAGUUUUUCUGUUCUGAGUAGACUCUGUUUGAUUAGAGGAAUUCUUACUGCUGUUUCAAGGACAAUAUUAAAUUUGCAUUUUAUUGUAUCUGUCGAUGUAAUGAAUGGUCAUGAGGGGAACGGGAUUUGUGCAAGUUCUGUUAAGACCAUUUUGUAUGAUGGGAUUUUGCCUGAGCUAUGUCACUAUUGCGAGAAUCCUAUUGAUAACCAUUUUAAUUUCCAUACCUUGACGGUAUUGCAAAUAUGUCUUCAACAGAUGAAGACCUCAUUGCUGGCUAAUCUAACUGAUUUAUCAGACAAUUAUGACCCUAUUCCAGAGGAGAUGAGUUCCCGUAUACUUAGGAUUAUAUGGAAUAAUUUGGAAGAUCCUUUAAGUCAAACUGUGAAACAGGUUCAUCAGGUUUGUGAUCUCUUCCUAGACAUUCAAUCAACUCUUAGCAUGGGGGAGGGUAAUCAGAAUAUAAAAUCAUUUCUGGAAAAGAUUGCUUCAGAUCUUCUCCGAUUAGGCCCACGUUGUAAGGGAAGAUAUGUCCCUUUGGCUUUGCUGACUAAAAGGCUGGGGCCAGAAACUAUGCUAAAAAUGAGUCCUGACCUACUGUUUGAAACUGUUCAAGCUUUCAAUGACGAUGAUGUGUGCUGUGCUGCCACUACGUUCUUAAAAUGUUUCCUUGAGCGCUUGCGUGAUGAGUGUUGGAAAAACAACGGUGUUGAGAAAGGGUAUGCAGUUUAUAGAGGGCAUUGCUUGCCCCCUUUUCUGUACGGGCUUGCAUCUGGCAUUUCAAAGCUUCGCUCAAAUUUGAACACCUAUGCUCUGCCAGUUCUGCUAGAAGUUGAUGUGGAUAGCAUAUUUCCUAUGCUUGGUUUUAUCUCAGUUGGGCCUAUUGGAGAGGAGAACGGGCUGUCAUUUCCAGAGCUUAGUGCUACAUAUGUAGAAUUGGGAGUUGAACAGAAAGUGGCUGUUUUAGUCUCCUUAAUUAAGGUGUGCCGUUCAUUUGCUUUGAUUGAAGGGGAUAUUGAUUUGUAUGAAAAUGCAGGGACACUUGAAAAAGAUGAUGGGCUGGAAAUUGAAAUAAUGGAUCUAUAUGCUUUUGUUUGCAUUAAAGGGAUCAAAGUUAAGGUCCCCAUUGAAUGGCUAGUAUUGGCAUUGGUCCAUUCUGAUGAGAUGCUCCGUGUUGACGCUGCAGAAGCCCUCUUCUUAAACCCCAAAACAGCCAGUCUUCCUUCCCAUUUAGAGCUGUCUCUUCUGAAAAAGGCUGUGCCAUUGAACAUGAGAAGUUGCUCUACAGGUUUCCAGAUGAAGUGGACCAGUUUGUUUAGAAAGUUUUUUUCUCGAGUUCGAACAGCCUUGGAGAGACAAUUUAAGCAAGGGAGCUGGCAACCUCUUGAGAACAAGGGAAAGGAAGAAGCUCUAGUUAGAAGGGCAGAGGAUCUAUUCCAUUUCAUGAGAUGGCUGUCUUGUUUCUUAUUUUUCUCAUGCUAUCCUUCUGCUCCUUAUAAAAGAAAAAUAAUGGCCAUGGAGCUCAUACUAAUAAUGCUCAAUGAAUGGCCAAUUGUGCCACCCUCUCAAGAUAAGUGUGGUUCUAUUGCUCCUGAAGACAGUCUCUCUCCUUACAAUAAAGAACUAACUUCACCGGCUUCAACUUUGUUACUUGUUGGAUCUAUUAUUGAUAGUUGGGAUAGACUCAGAGAGAAUUCUUUGCGUAUCUUGCUAUAUUUUCCUACUCCACUUCCUGGAAUUUCAAGCGAAGAGAAGGUCCAGAGAGUAAUUGCAUGGGCUAAAAGCUUAGUUAGCAGUCCACGUGUGAGAGAAAGUGAUGCUGGAGCAUUGACUUUAAAACUUAUUUUCAAGAAGUAUGUCUUGGAGCUGGGAUGGAUUGUCGGAGCUUCUGUCGACGUCGUCUGCUUUCAGUAUCCAAGUGAACCUAAGGCUCCUGUGGUAGAGUAUGUAAAAUCACUAAUUGAUUGGCUAAAUGUUGUUGUGGAGGAGGGACAAAUAAAUCUUUCUGAAGCCUGCAAAAGCAGCUUUGUCCAUGGUGUACUGCUUACUCUACGAUAUACUUUUGAUGAGUUUGAUUGGAGUUCUGAUGCUGUCAUGUCUAAUAUUUCCGAUAUGAGACAAGCACUGGAGAAACUUCUGGGAUUAAUUAUGCGAAUUACUUCUUUAGCACUUUGGGUUGUUUCUGCUGAUGCUUUGUAUCUUCCUGACAUGGAUGAUCUGGGUGAUGAUGAUAACUACUUGAUGGAUGAAGUGGAUAUGGUAAGACCAUCAGAACAUGUGGACAAUGGCACACAACAUGAACAGGAUAGUAGACCAGAACAGAUAGUCAUGGUUGGUUGCUGGUUGGCUAUGAAAGAGGUGAGCCUUCUUCUCGGGACUAUCAUAAGAAAAGUUCCUUUGCCAAGUAAUAAUUGCCCAGAUUCACUAGAAGCCCCAAUAUCUAGCGCUUCUGAUCCUUCCUCUAUGACAACAUUCAAUGCUGUACUUGAUUUGAAACAACUUGAAGAAAUUGGAAACCACUUCUUGGAAGUUCUGUUGAAGAUGAAGCAUAAUGGAGCAAUUGAUAAAACAAGGGCUGGAUUUACAGCCCUUUGCAACCGUUUGCUUUGCUCAAAUGACCCUAGACUUUGUAAAUUGACAGAAUCAUGGAUGGAUCAACUUAUGAAUAGAACUGUGGCCAAGGGGCAAACUGUGGAUGAUUUGUUAAGGAGAAGUGCAGGUAUUCCUGCAGCAUUUAUUGCCCUGUUUCUCUCGGAACCAGAAGGGUCGCCAAAGAAGAUUCUCCCGCGCGCUUUAGAGUGGCUAAUCAAUGUAGCUAACAGCUCUUUGCUGGGCUCAGUUGAUGUCGAGGGCAUAAAGGCUAACCAGUUAACAAAAUCAGACAAACAAGUUGAUCCUGCAAAGUCAUCUGAGAUGCAUGUUAUGGAAAGUGCCUCAAAGAUCCGAGAUGAGGGGGUAAUUCCCACAGUACAUGCAUUUAAUGUUCUUAGAGCUACUUUUAAUGACUCAAACCUGGCAACUGAUACAUCUGGUUUUGCUGCGGGGGCAUUGAUUAUUUCAAUUAGCUCUUUCUCUUCUCCAUACUGGGAGGUCCGAAAUAGUGCCUGCCUAGCAUAUACUGCAUUGGUACGACGUAUGAUUGGAUUCUUAAAUGUUAAAAACCGAGAAUCAGCUAAGCGUGCGUUAUCUGGGCUUGAAUUUUUCCACAGGUAUCCCUCAUUACAUCCAUUUUUUCUCAAUGAACUCAAAGUUGCAACUGAUUUGCUUAUGGAUGCUACCCCUGGCCAUUCAGAAUCCAACCUAGCAAAGGUUGUCCACCCAAGCUUGUGCCCUAUGUUGAUUCUUCUAUCCAGGCUCAAACCUUCAACAAUUGCAAGUAAGAGUGGAGAUAAUCUGGAUCCUUUCCUGUUUAUGCCAUUCAUCAGGAGGUGCUCAACUCAGAGCAACUUGCGAAUUCGUGUCCUUGCAUCCAAGGCUUUGGUUGGCCUGGUGUCCAAUGAGAAACUUCCUGUUGUUCUCUUGAAUAUUGCUUCUGAAUUACCAUUUAUGAAUGAUCCAACAACUUGUGCUUCGUUCAACUCAAUUCACGGAAUGCUAUUGCAACUGGGUUCUCUUAUAGAUUCAAAUUGUAGAAACCUGGCUGAUGUUGCUAAGAAAGAAAAGAUUCUUGGGGAUUUGGUGCAAGUUCUUACUAAACGUUCAUGGAUUGCAAGUCCUAAAAGUUGCCCUUGCCCAAUCCUUAAUACCUCAUUUAUAAGGGCACUUGAUCACAUGCUCAGCAUUGCAAGAACAGGGUAUAUGAAUAAAUGUUUUUAUGUCAUUCGUGGUUUGCUGUUGGAUCUCUCUACAGAAUGCUUAGAUGUAAAAGAUUCCUAUGGAUUCUCAUAUUAUGAUCCAACUAUAGCAGAACUUCGUGAACAAGCAGCCAUAUCCUACUUCAGUUGUGUGUUUCAGGCAUCUAGAGAAGAAGAAGAUGUUCAGAUGCCACACUUGCGUCUAUCACCUCAUCCAAAGUUGUUGAACUUAACUGAAACAAAUACUUUUACAGGACUUGAAGAAAGGUUGAUUCGAUCUCUAUCAGAUUCAUCAUAUGAAGUUCGUCUGGCAACAAUGAAAUGGCUUCUGAAGUUUCUAAAGUCUGCCGAAUGUAGUGAUGAGGUUGAUCUUAUGCUUUCCAGUGGGAUUAUUUGCAUUCAGCAAUGGGCUACUUCAAACCUCCAGGCAACAAUGCUGAAACUCUUGAAUGCUGAGAAGAAUCACAGAUGCAUGAAUUACAUUCUGAGGAUUCUUUUUGUUUGGAACUCGCUGCAGUUUAAGAAAGUGGACAAAGAAAAAAGCACCAGCACAAGUUAUGUUGGUAAUAUGGAUUUUGAUUCCGUGUGUCAGUUUUGGGAUAAGCUGAUAUCCUUGUACAAAUUGACAAGGCAUAUGAAGACCAGAGAGACACUCAUCUGCUGCAUGGCUGUAUGUGUGAAACAGUAUGCAAGUUUAUUAACCAGCAACGUUCUUGCCUGUGGGGAUGAGAGCACCGCUAGACAUCAGGAAUCAGAUCCAUUGAAAAGAUCAGUUUACUUGUAUGAAUGCGUUACCUAUUUUGUUCAUGUGAUUAAAGAACAUAGUUCUGCAUCCGAGCAAGUAAACAUGCGCAAGGCAGCUGCUGAGUCUAUAAUUGCAUCCGGUUUGCUGGAGCAAGCUGAAAUUCUUGCUUCUUCAGUGUCCAGUCAUGAAUUUCCCUUGGAAAGUUCAGGCUCUAGUUUUCAACCUAAAGAAGCUGUUAAUAUGUAUGCUACUCGGGUACUGGAGAUAUGGUUCCUGUGCAUCCAACUGCUGGAGGACGAAGAUGAUGGGGUAAGACAAAGGCUUGCUGUGAAUGUGCAGAAAUGUUUUUCUCCGCAAAGAUCAGAAAUAAGCUCUACUGCUAGAGUGGUCCCGGCCCAAGUAGAGAAAGUGAUUGAAUUGAGUUUUGGGUAUCUAUCUUCCAUCUUUGGUCAUUGGAUCAAAUACUUUGAUCAUCUAUCACAGUUAGUAUUCGAAUCAACAAAUUAUGUAGUACCAAAAGGAGAUCUUGUGAGGCGAGUUUUUGACAAGGAAAUCGAUAAUCAUCAUGAAGAAAAGCUGCUAAUCUGUCAAAUUUCUUGUUUUCAUUUGGAGAAGCUUUCAGUUUUAAGUUUGCUGUUGGCUUCUACAUCGCUUAAACAAGAUUUCAAGAAUUACUUGUGCAGCUGGAGGAAAAGAUUUAUAAAUCAAUUGACAUCAUUUGCUGAAGAUUAUGUUGAGAACCUAGGAGUUGACUGGAUAAGUGGUGUUGGAAACCAUAAAGAUGCCUUUUUACCACUGUAUGCAAAUUUGCUUGGAAUUUAUGCUUUAUCAAACUGCAUUUUCAAGGGUAACUGUAAGCAUGAUGCGGCAAUGCCAGCCGAUGUUGCGGAACUGGGUAAGAUUCUUGGUCCAUUUCUUAAGAAUCCUUUGAUCUCUAAUCUGUAUUUGUUACUCGUAAAAUCGCAUGAGAAAGAGGUUGGUGCAACUUCUGACCAGCUUCUUUAUAACUUGAUAGAUGACUCAAUGUGGGAGGGUUUUGAUCCAUUUUUUCUUCUAAAAUUAAAUUAAAUUAAAUUUGUACAAUAACAUUAUUUUCUAUUCUAGUGGUUCAAAGGGAUCAGGGCCGUUUUCUCAUUACAUAAGUUCAGUGUGUUUUACUGAAUUCCAUGUUUUGCUUGUUAAAGCUUAAAAUGGGAUUUUACUUGAGUAAUUUGUCAUAUAUAUGUUUCUUUUCUGUCUCUAUCAUUUCAAUGUCAACCACUCACUGUUUUAUCAUUUGGUAGGAAUGGAAAUCUUUGUAUUUACCAUGAAUGUUCAGCUUCUUGUAAGAUUAGAGAAAUUUUUAUGGGUUAUCUGUGGAAAAAGUCAAUAAUAUUGUAACACAUUAUUAAAUGUCAAUAAUGUGAUUUAAUUAUAAUUUUCAAUUAUUUAGCGAUAUGUUACAAUA